CAACCCCCCAUGAUCUCUUCUCUUCCUUUCCUCCUAGACCUUCCUGCCCCGCCGUCCUCUCCGCUCGGAAAGUGACGUAGCGACUUACCCUUCCCUCCCGGGUCUCCGCUGCCCUCCGGGAAAGGAUUCAACCCCAUUCCUCACCCUCGAGCUGCCUCUGGCUCCCAGGAAAGGUUAUAGCGACCACCCUCCAGACCUUUCCCCACAACCAGGCAAACGGUGCAGCGACUCCUCCCACCUUAUGGGCUCACCCCACUUGUCCAGAGCUCCUUUCUCUGGCCUCUCUUGUAGCCCUGGAAUUUCUUCCCUAGCCGGCCAGCCCUCCUCCCUACCCCGACCAAUUCUUUCCCCGCCGCCACCGCCCUCCUCCCCAACCCCGCAGGCUCUUCUGCGCCCAGGGGGGUGUUGUUUUGAACCCUGUUCUCCACAUCUAGGAAGGCCCUCCUGCCGGGAGCCUAUCCUGUUGGGUUCGUCCCCUCCAAGUCCUUGUGUUGAGCGGUUCCGCCUUGUGGGGUCACCCCCUGCCCGUCAGCGGAGCGCUCAUUGCAGCUGGAUCAGUCCUCCGAGAACACCACGUCUCUGUCCCCGAGGCCCUUACAUAGACCAGCAGAGUUACCUCUGUUACUAUGGUGGAUACCCUCCAGCCCUGGUAACCAACCCGGUGACCUCCCCUCCCCUCACUCAUGUGCCUUUGGAAACUGGCCCCACGAUUUCACCUCCUCUUACUCAUAGGUCCCUGGGAACUGGGCUUGUAAUUUCACCUCCCCUUGCCCAUCGGCAUGUGGAAACUAGACCUAUAAUUUCUCCACCUCCUCAGAGGGUUUUGGGUACUGGGGCCAUGACCUCUACUCUGCUCUCUUCCUGGUCCUCAGGGAGAAGUUACAAUGAUCCUCCUCUUUCCUCAGCAUCUUCCCCACCCACUGACAACUUUUACCAUGGCCAUGUUAAGCAUCUAGACUCUCAUGAACCUAAACCACAGCUUGACCCGACUUUUGGGAAAAAUUAUUGUGGCUCCCCACUUUCCUCUCAGCCAGGCACAUCUAGUUCUCCCAGCUCACCUCAGGAGGGCUCUUAUCACUAUUCCCAUCUUCCCCCAGAGUCUCACAUACCUGCCCCUGGGAACCCUUACUAUGCCAUCCACCUAUCCCCUGGGAGUCCUGGCAACUCCCAGUUACAGGAUUCCAGGAAGCCUUGCUUUGAGUCCAUUUAUUCCUGGGAGACUGGUGGUAGCUCUUAUUUCCGAAUAACCCCAGGUGCUAUGAUUUCUGGUCCCCCCUGUCCCCAGGAACCACCUCUUCCCGUGUCCUCCCACUGUCCUUGUUCUGCCUUCUUCCCUUCACCUCCAGGCAACCAGUUUAUGAAUCCACCCCAGUCACCCCCCUGCAGAAGCUGUAAGGAAUCCCCUCUCCCUGUGCCUGUUUGUCCCCGAGCAAAGUCUCCCAAAUCCUCAGAGGCUUCCACAGAGCCCAAAUUUCCUGCUACUCGACUGGCUCUGCAGAAUUUUGACAUGACCUACAGUGUGCAAUUUGGAGAUCUCUGGCCGUCGAUCCGGGUCAGUCUCCUCUCAGAGCAGAAGUAUGGUGCACUGGUCAAUAACUUCGCUUCUGGGGAUCAUGUGAGUGCUGAGCUGGAGCAGCUGAAGGCCAGGGACUUUGUGAAUGAAGCUAUCUUCCACAGGGAACCAGAGCCUGAGAAUAGCCAAACUGCUGCUCCAUCCCCUGCGUCCUGGGUUUGCAGUCCAAAUCUUCGUUGUUUUACUUUCACCAGAGGGGAUGUCAGCCGUUUCCCUCCUGCCAGGCGUGGCAGCCUGGGUCUCAUGGAUUACUACCUGAUGGAUGCUGCAUCCUUGCUGCCUGUCCUGGCCCUUGGCCUGCAGCCUGGUGACACCGUGCUUGACCUGUGUGCAGCCCCUGGGGGAAAGACAUUAGCAUUGCUUCAGACUGGCUGUUGCCGCAAUCUUGCUGCCAAUGAUCUCUCCACAUCACGAACGAGCAGGCUACAGAGGGUCCUUCACAACUAUGUGCCUCAAGAUGUCAGGGAUAAGAAUCGAGUUCGAGUCACAUCAUGGGAUGGCAGGAAGUGGGGAGAAUUGGAGGGGGACACCUAUGACCGGGUGCUAGUGGAUGUGCCUUGUACCACAGACCGCCACUCCCUUCAUGAGGAGGAAAACAACAUCUUUCAGCGUUCGAGGAAGAAGGAGCGGCAGAUGUUGCCUAUGUUGCAGGUGCAGCUUCUUGCGGCUGGACUCCUUGCCACCAAACCAGGAGGCCACGUUGUCUAUUCCACCUGCUCACUUUCACACUUACAGAAUGAGUAUGUGGUGCAAGGUGCCAUCGAGCUCCUGGACAAUCAAUACAGCAUCAAGGUUCAGGUGGAAGACUUGACUCACUUCCGAAAGCUUUUCAUGAACACAUUUUAUUUCUUCCCAUCCUGCCAAGUUGGGGAGCUGGUAAUCCCAAACCUCAUGGCCAAUUUUGGGCCUAUGUACUUUUGCAAAAUGUGUAGAAUGACGUAGCAUUGCCCUGUUCCUGAAGUCCUGGUGUAGGAAGACUGGGUGUACUCUUGUGGAGACCAGUGGUUAAUCUCCAUCCCAUUCAAGUCUUUCUAUAGAUGGUUUUCAGCAGUAGGAAAUAGGAGUUUUUCUGUCCUGCUGUCCAAUUGUGGAGCAUCAGCAGGUUUCUAACUCACUUAUUACACCCCACUUCCAAUCCCCGCUCCCCAUCUUUGAGCCUGUGCUAAAGGUUCCUGCCCCACUAGGGGUUUAGGAGGAGGAACCAGUGAUGCUGUAAACUUGGGAAAAAGUGUUUAGCCAAUAAAAUUGUUGAAGCUCCAUGGAGCUGGGGCUGAAGUUGG